AUGCAGAGUAACAGUCACUCAAAUAAUACCAAGUUCAAGUGGAGUGAAAAGCACUGUACCCGCAAGGGCACAGUUCUUGUACCACUGUUCGUCCUCAUUGUUAAAGCAGUAGAACCAGCAGUACCAGCCCUUGAGAUACGAACUAAGGCAGCAGCAGCAGCAGACCUUGAGAUACGAACUAAGGCAGCAGCAGCAGCAGACCUUGAGAUACGAACUAAGGCAGCAGCAGCAGCAGCCCUUGAGAUACGAACUAAGGCAGCAGCAGCAGCAGCCCUUGAGAUACGAACUAAGGCAGCAGCAGCAGCAGCCCUUGAGAUACGAACUAAGGCAGCAGCAGCAGCAGCCCUUGAGAUACGAACUAAGGCAGCAGCAGCAGCAGACCUUGAGAUACGAACUAAGGCAGCAGCAGCAGCAGCCCUUGAGAUACGAACUAAGGCAGCAGCAGCAACAGCCCUUGAGAUACGAGCUAAGGCAGCAGCAGCAGCAGCCCUUGAGAUACGAACUAAGGCAGCAGCAGCAGCAGCCCUUGAGAUACGAACUAAGGCAGCAGCAGCAGACCUUGAGAUACGAACUAAGGCAGCAGCAGCAGCACGGUUGCAAGAGUGA